GUGGUGUAGCUGUGGGUUCGCUCUGCCGUUGGCUAGGCUUGGUGGGAAGACCUGUUCUCGAGUCCGCGCCUUUCGUCGCCGCCAUGUCGGGAGGUGGUGUGAUUCGUGGGCCGGCAGGGAACAACGACUGCCGCAUCUACGUGGGGAACUUACCUCCAGACAUCCGAACCAAGGACAUUGAGGACGUGUUCUACAAAUACGGUGCUAUCCGCGACAUCGAUCUGAAGAACCGCCGCGGAGGACCGCCCUUCGCCUUCGUUGAGUUCGAGGACCCGCGGGAUGCGGAAGACGCGGUGUAUGGUCGCGACGGCUAUGAUUACGAUGGAUACCGUCUGCGGGUGGAGUUUCCUCGAAGCGGCCGUGGUACAGGCCGAGGCGGCGGCGGGGGUGGAGGUGGCGGGGCUCCUCGAGGCCGCUAUGGCCCCCCGUCCAGGCGUUCUGAAAACAGAGUGGUUGUCUCCGGACUGCCUCCAAGUGGAAGCUGGCAGGAUUUGAAGGAUCACAUGCGUGAAGCAGGUGAUGUAUGUUAUGCUGAUGUUUACCGAGAUGGCACUGGUGUCGUGGAGUUUGUACGGAAAGAAGAUAUGACCUAUGCAGUUCGAAAACUGGAUAACACUAAGUUUAGAUCUCAUGAGACAUAUCUGAAGAGAUGGAUUAAGAAUGCUUUGGAUUAAGGAUUGUGGAGCACAUUUCAAUCAUUUUAGGAUUGUCAAAAGGAGGAUUGAGGAGGAUCAGAUCAAUAAUGGAGGCAAUGGUAUGACUCCAAGUGCUAUUGUCACAGAUGAAAUUGGCAGUAUUGACCUUAUACUAAAAGGCAAGGGUUUAAAAUGAUUAUACAUCUACCUUAAAACACUUGCAAACAUCUUAUGCAGUUACCUUUAGCUACAAUUGCUUUGCUCUUUAAACCUUGGCAAUUGUGGCAAAAUUACGUUGCCCAUUUUGUAACAAUUUAUUUUGCUCCCUUCCCUUUUUUUGUUUUAAUAGGGACUAAUGUGGGAAGAACUGGCUAAUUUGUCACAAUGCUUAGUUACAACUGUUAAUGUGUGACCUGCUGUUGGUGUACAUGUGGGUACAGGGUGUCUUUAAUUCCAACCGGAUAGAGUAUAAUAUCAAUACUGCUAAAUCUGCAUGUCCUCUGUGUGACUGAUAUAGCGUUGCUACUUCAUUUUUUUUAAGACAAAAUGAAAGCAAAAUAUAGAGUUCCAACGUAUUGGUGUAGAUAAUCUAGUUGGGAAUACUUUUAAGUCUCACCUUCCCCUUUAAACUAAUAUUCAUAAUUGACUCAUGUUUAAAACACUUUAAUUUACAAAUUAAAUUACAGAUGGGAGCAUUAGAUUUAGUUUAGACUUAGGUGGGUAGCAAUACCAGUAAACUUCUCAACUACAUAACUUUUUGCAACCACAAAACCUGUAAUACGCUGUACAGUAACAAGUGUUGGCAUUAUCAGUUGAACUGUAAAUAUAAAAUGCUUCUUCCAAUUAGUCUCUAUGAUAAUUAAGUUUCUAAAAUUUAUCUGAACACCAUUCAGAAACUUGUUUUGGGGAAUUUGAUAGUUAUUGAUGUACAUCUGUUAAACUGAUGACAGACAUAACUCAUCAUUCCCCAGAAACCUUUUUUGAUUACAGUAUCUAACAUUUUGCCUCCUCUUUUUUGGUUUUGCUGGUUAUAAAGGUUUGGAUUGGAGAGGGCUCACUGGAUCCCAAUCCUUGGAGCUGGAUCAUUGGAUUCAAAUCAUAAUGUGGAUAGGAUAGGGAGGAUGAAUUACAAGGAUUCAUGGAGCGGGAUCAGAUUACCAGGAACAUAGGAGUGGAUUCCUGCCCCAACCAAACCGCAUUCGUGUGGAUUUUUUUUUUUUUUUUUUAUUCAACUUAAUUGGCUAUUCCAAAGAUUUUUUUUUUUUCCUAUUUUUGACGAUUGGAGCCCUUAAGAUGCACGAUGGAAUUGUGUUUUGCAUUUUUUGGUAAAAGGAGCAAAGCGAGGACCUGGAGAUAAUACGCUGGAGCAAUCUCCUUGGAAGGAUUCAGCACGAGUAGAUGGUAAACAUUUAAAGGGGAAAGGGGGGGUUUGUUUAAAAUAGUAAAUCAGUAAGUCACUUCUAAAUUUAAAGAAAACAAAAUUGGAGUUGAAGACUAAGUAGGUUUCCAAUUGGCUAUUGCCAUUUUUCUUUGAAAAAAAUAAACAUUUUUUUAAAAAAACUA